AUGAGAUUCACAACUAUCUCCCUCUUUGCUCUGCUGAGCACCUCGAUCACAGCCACCCCCGUUCCCACCAACGGAUUGAUCCCUCGCACCUGUAUUGGAGGCAGCGAGACUGCCUGUCUCGAGGCCGCAGCAGGGACGUGCGACGGCGCCUGUGGAGCAAACUUAUCUUGUGUGUCUGCUUGUCUGGAGGCUUAUCAGGAACAGUGUGCGGAGAAUUGUUAG